AUGCUAGAUCGUGCAUUCAAGAGAGAGCUGGACUCGAUCCCGAUUACUUGUUUUCAUAAAGUGGAUGAGAACUGCACGUGGACAGGACCAUUGAAAACGUAUCAAGAACAUCUAGAUCGUAAUCACAUUCAUUAUACUUGCGAUGAUUGCAAAGAACAAUUUCCAUCGAGUAAAGCAUUAGAAGAUCAUAGAGCAAAAACAUGUUCAGCUCUUUUUCAAGCAUGUCCUUUAGCACCACAUUGUUGUCAAGAAAUGAUUCGAAAAGACGAAUUUUCAAACCAUUUAUUGAGUGAAAAGCAUCAGGAAACAGUUGCUUUAAUUUUAACUGGUAAAUGUGAAAUUGCAGAAACAUCGGAUCAAGAUCAAUCAAUGGAGCUGACUUCAAAUAAUAAUAGUGAACUUGAACAACAAACUUCAGAGAAAUUAUCUGAUUUAGCUGAAAAAGUUCAAAAGUUGAAUGACGAUACAGUUCAAUUAAGUCGUGAUUUUGUUAAAUUAAAUGAACUUUGUCAAGUAGCUAUUCAAGAAGUUAAUCAUUUUCAAAUAGCAGCUAAUGGAAGAAAUAUUACGAUGUCUAGUUUACAACCCAAACAAGACUCUAUACAGAAAGACAUCGAGCGAUUGAAGCAAACUCUUGAAGAAAAUCAACAUGUAUCAACUGAUGCUACAUUAACAUGGUGUGUUGAUCGUGUAGCAGAACGAAUGGCUGAUGCUCAAUCAGAACGACAACCGAGUAUUUAUUCGCCAAUAUUUUAUUCGUCACUAACUGGUUAUAAAAUGCGCGCACGUUUAUAUCUACAUGGUGAUGGUAAUGCUAGAAGAACUCAUAUGUCAUUGUUCUUCUUACUUAUGAAAGGAGAAUAUGAUGCUCUGCUACCAUGGCCCUUUUCUUACAAAGUAACAUUUUGCUUAUUUGAUCAAACAGGCAACAACCGACAUAUUAUCGAUUCCUUUCGUCCUGAUGUUAAAUCUAGUUCUUUUCAACGUCCAGUAAACGAUGCCAAUAUCGCUAGUGGCAUUCCAAAAUUUUUUCCACUCCCAAUGAUUCAACAAGAUGACAAUCCUUACGUACGUGAUGAUAUACUUUUUAUCAAAAUUAUUGUUGAUCUUAAUGAGACUCCAAAAAUGAUAUUGCCGUACAUGUUAACACUCAAUCCUGGUCUACCAAAUCAUGUACAGCAAGUUUUAAUUGCUCAAGAAAAAGCCAAACGAGAUCAACAACAGAACAAUCUCAACGUGCUUGCAGCGACCCAAGCAUCUACGAGCACUUGCGGAUAG